AUGCGGCCGAGUUGUGUAAGUGGUUGGAGAUGCCUUUGGAAUAGUGUGUGCUACGCAAGGAACAGAAACGGAAUUUUUGUUAACCGACCACAGAUUCAACGAACUAUUAUGAAAAAAUCAUAAACACCGAUGUACAAUGAACACCAUAACAAAUAACAUGCAGUCCGAAAUGUCCAGAGUUGGAACUUCAUCCAACCUCGUCGUAAAACCAGUACAUUGUCGGAAAAUGCCCGGAGAUUUCAUUAUCAAAUGUUAUCGACGAGAAAUCCACUUCACAUGGAUUCCACCGAAAGAGGAGCUACAAAAGGUGAUGAUCAAGUUCAAACAGCGUGACGCUGCACAGUUCACCACCAUGUCGGAAUACGAAUGGGGCCACACGCUCGUACAGUUCCGCAACCACACACUGGAAAACUUAAGACCACACACAUUCUAUGAAUUUGGAAUGAACCUGAUGUUCAACAAUGGUACUGUGAAGAGGUAUCCCGAUAAAGCUUCUGGCAUCACUUGCGGAUGUAAAACUCACGCUGAUGUGCCUUCAAUGCCACUCAAUUUGCAAUAUCACUACCUACAAGACAAUGAUUACUCCCUCGAAUGGACACCUGGUCCUGAUAACGGAGAGCCGAUUAACACAUAUAUCCUAAAAAUCAAUAGAAUACAAGCCAAAGAAGGGGUACCUGACUGGGAGGAUUUGGUUCCUCAUACUAUGACAAGCCAGUGGAUGAACUUUACUGUCGACAGAUCAGAGCCGAGCCAACUUCAGCUGCGAGCAGUUAAUAAGAUUGGUGCAAGUCCUCCGGCCUACUUGACGAUACAACCUCCUCUUAACAAAGGGUCAGGAGCUGGAGGCUACUAUCCAACUAUUUUUGGUCCACUAACUCAUGCAACCGGCUUGGUGACUUAUACUCUCCUAUCUGUUGGACUAUUCUUACUUCUGAUGUUGAUGCUCAUCGUCUUCGUGUAUCGCAGAGCUGGAGGCUACUAUCCAACUAUUUUUGGUCCACUAACUCAUGCAACCGGCUUGGUGACUUAUACUCUCCUAUCUGUUGGACUAUUCUUACUUCUGAUGUUGAUGCUCAUCGUCUUCGUGUAUCGCAGACGGAGGGCUGAUGGUAAAGCGGGGAAACACCCUUUCCUCAUCAGUUUCAACCCCUCUCGGCGCAUGAAUUCAGGAAGUGGAAACGAUUCGUUCGGAUUAGGCGGUGGGAGCGAUUUGACCACAAGUGGAAUCCCGCUUGAUCUGUCAACAUUAGAGCCCAUGUGGAAUCAGGAAGUAAAUUCGUUAUACGGAAUUGGCAAAUCUGACUUACUCAGUUUCGAACAAGUAACCCAAAUAUCUGCGGCGCACAUCCGUUUUGAAAGGUAUAUUGGUUGCGGUGCAUUUGGCAAGGUGUGGGAAGGCUGGCUACACGUCAACGCUUCUGAUGGUGACAGAUUCGAAAAGGUUGCCCUCAAGGUCCGAAAUAGCAAAUCCCUGUCCGAAGCCGAAUUCAAGCGUGAAGCAACAUUAAUGCACCGCUAUCAGCACGCAAACAUUGUUCGAUUUUUUGGGGUAUCCUUCGAUUCACCAGGCCAACAGUGCUUGGUACUGGAAAUGAUGGACCAGGGGAAUUUGAGAGACUACCUGCAUCGUGCCCGGCCACGAAUUGCCCCACAUGUGGCAGCAAAUAUGUUCGCUGCAGCGGCCAUAUGUGCAGCUGGCUCAAACGCAACGGAUCUGCCAACAGCUGCUGGUUCCGAAGGUUCAUCAAUGAACACGAGCACGACAAGUACGGCGGCAGCAGCAGCAGCAGGUGGAAACGGAGGCGGCGGUGCGUUUAGUACUAAUUCCAACGUGAUUACCUUGAUUGCACAGUUGGACUUGGCCGCACUUGUCAGCAUCAUGAGGGAUAUUGCUCAAGGAUGUCGGUAUCUGGAAGAACAGCACUUUGUUCAUAGAGAUAUUGCAGCGCGCAACUGUCUAGUCAGUCACAACCAUCCAAGUGGGAGGAUUGUGAAAUUGUGUGAUUUUGGUUUGGCUCGAGAUAUUUACAAAAACGACUGCUACAGAAAACGCAACGAACCCAAAUUACCCGUUCGUUGGAUGUCUCCCGAAGCAAUUCGUGAUGGGCUGUUCACCACCAAAUCAGAUGUCUGGGCGUUCGCGGUAACGUGUUGGGAGGUAAUGACCUUGGGAGCCGAUCCAUUUUAUGGUCGUGCCAACGUGGAUGUGAUGAAUUUGGUGAUUGGUGGUCACGUGUUGGGAAGACCGGAGAAUUGUCCGGAAGAACUCUACAACCAGAUGCUGCAAUGUUGGAGUCGAUUCACCGAAAUGCGACCCUCAUUCGCUGACUUGGCAAAGAAGAUGGUCGAAUUUGUUAAAUUGUCACAAGAGAGCGACAGUUCGUUUUCCGGACCGUUUAUCGUCUCCCUCCCGUUGCCACGAAGUUUACCAGAUUCUUCCGGACAUCCAAUGUUCGCAUGCGCCCCAAGUGAACCGUCACACCGUCGUACUUCUACCGAAUCAGACCAUCAAAAUCCAGGAAGUCAACGCUGUAACCGAAGGGCAUCUUUCAACGACUAUCAAUCAAGAUGUUCGCGACACCCAACGAAGAUGCAGCAAAGCAUGAUACUCGAUCGAGACCAUCAAACAGAAAUUAAUUCAAGAACCCUACCCCUUGGUCAUGAUAGUUCCAGAUCACACAUGAUUGGCCAACCGCUUCCGAGUGUACGCACCAACACCAUGUCCAUUACAUCCAACAGGAACCGCUGCGACAGUCGAGGGACAAAUCAUCACAAUUAUCCAACUACAAGCAUGAACGGAUUCGAGCUUGGUCUGUCCGACCGAUCCACAGAACAGACGACGCUAGUCACACACUUGAUGACAAACACAAGUGCUGAGGGACACGUUAACGAUUCGCAAAACGGCCAGGCGAGUCUCACUGAGCCUCUGACGGUCAGUAGUUGCUUGGAUACCGGACGGAGUGCAUUACAGAAGCUGGUUUCGCCAACACAAGUUGCAGGACCCGUCGGCCGACCAAUAUCGUUAAUGGAGAGUGCAACAAUACCGAUGCCACCUGCAUACCACCAAGGUAGAGAUGGGAAACCCAAAUGUUAUAGGACACUGAGUCAGCGUGCUAGCACAACAGUCCAGAGACCAUUUAUUACUGCUCCACAUUCUCUUAUAGGAACAUUGGAGAACCCAAUACACGCUGGCGCGGACACGACAACCCACAACAGUCAAUCCACAGGCGGCAGAAGUGGUAUAAGCUACUGGUUUGAAGGACUACCAAGUGGUGGUUUUGGUGGCGUAGAUGCUCUGGGCUACGAAAGACCAUCUUGGCCUAUUCAGCUACCCAGUAAUCCACAGUUCCAUUCGUUUCAACGCGCAACCAUGAUUAACCCGAACGGGCAUACACUAGAUAAUAAGCACCGCGUGGAUUUCAAACCUAAGGUUCCCAGUGGUGCAUUGUCCGGGUAGGUAUGGGACAGCGAAUGAUAAUUAAACAUCGCACUUCCAUAUUUGCUUAAAAGUUGUGCCGCGCGGCACGUCCACCGACACAAGCCAUUAACUUUUUACUUGUUAUAAGUUGCCGGAUUCGCUCGCUCCUGACACUUAUAACCUGUUUUCCUGUACCUUAAUCCCAGUGUACAAGUUUCCCGUCAUUUACAUUUAUCAUCUAGAAAUUCAUUCGCA